GAACUGUAGUAAAUAGGCGGAAAAAGAAAGUUUACAGAUGUGUAUUGUUAAUAAAAAGGAUGCUUUAAUCAUGUACAAAAUAAUAACUCGUGUAAACUAUUAUUACUACGCCGAGAGAAUGCUUCGAGUAAUAGAUCUAAGGAUAACAAGCGAAACGUCUAUGUGGGACACCGAGUAGAAAAUGUACCCAUGAAUUUGGCCUGCCAUAUUUAAUACAUUCAGGAGCUCGAGUCGCCCGUUGGUUGCGAUAACUAUCGCUAAGCAUCAGUCCGGAUAUCGUCCACUGAGAAUAAGAGUUCAUGUAUCUCAUAGUGAACAAUUUCGCUAUCCCUUCUGUCUUUAUUAUAAGAAGUCCCAGCUCCUAAGCAUUUGGGUUAAAAAGUUGGCAAGCACUGAGAAGCAAAAAUAGUUCAGAAAUCCUGUUAGCAAUGGAAUUUCAAGUUGGAGACUGCAUACCCGACCUGGUAUUAUUGAAUGAAGACGAGCAAGAGGUUUUCCUCCGCAAAAUCAUUCAGGAUAAGGGACUUAUUAUCUUUGCUUAUCCAAAAGCCAACACUCCUGGAUGCACAAAACAAGGUUGUGGUUUUCGCGACAAUUAUCCAAAACUUAUGGAGGCCAAUUACGAAGUUUUAGGCGUCUCCUAUGACUCUUGCAGAGCCCAAAAGAAUUUUAAAACAAAACAAAAUUUCCCCUUUCACCUAUUGAGUGACAGAGAAGGUACUUUGAUACAAGCCCUGGGAGCACGCAAGCCUGAUGGGAAGUUAUUUCGGAGUCAUUGGGUCUUUGAAAGGGGAACCGGUAAAUGUUUGAAGAAGUGUAUAGGUGUAAAGCCAUUGGAAAGUGUAGAGGAUGUCAUUUCUCUAGUCACGAAGUAGUCGUGACCUUGCCUUUAGAAGAGCAUCUAUCAAAGAGAUAUAAUUACCUACAGUACACAUGAACCCGACCGUCCAAGCCAGCAGACAGUAGGUAUUCCUUUCCAUCGGGAAACAUCUUUGUCCACAAAAGUGAGGAUACACCUGUUCCAUAUGAACCAGAGUGAGUAGAAAGCGUAGCUUUGUGAGUAAGCUCGUUGUGCAUGAGGGCAAACAAUUGGACUGUUCCAUUUAAGUCACCAAUAGCAAGUUCUUGUCCAUUGUUGGAGAAACUUGCCGUGGUAGGGACUGUUUUAGAGAUAGAUUGCUUAUGUACCAGUUUUUGUGAAACGACAUCGAAGAUGCGCAGUGCACCAUCGGUAUGUAGAGUCAUUAUUUUGUUUUCAUUCAUUAAUAAAACGUGUGUGACUGAGCUUGGCUCAUCCUCAUCGUAAG